AUGGCGACCAAGGACGAGUCCAGCGCUCCCUGCUUAUAUGAACCCCUGGAAGGUGUCGAACGACUUGAGAACUAUCGACCAGGGGGCUAUCAUCCCGUCCAAAUUGGAGACCACUUUCAUGGUCGGUAUCGCGUGGUUCAUAAGCUGGGAUAUGGCACCUAUUCGACGACGUGGCUAGCCCGUGAUGGACAAUCCAAUAAAUAUGUUGCAGUAAAAAUUUCUACCGCAGACUCAAACCCAAAGGAAGCGGACAUCGUAUCGUCCCUCACCUGCCGACAUCGCUCCGCAGACAACGAUCUAGCCAAGGCAAUGGUUCCUUCAAUUCUGGAUAGGUUCACUGUCCACGGUCCCAAUGGUGAGCAUGCUUGCUAUGUCACGGCACCUGCGAGGGCUAGCCUAUCUGCGCUGAAAGACGGGUCAUGGGUCCGUUUAUUCCAGCUUGACGUGGCCCGAGCAUUGGCCGCCCAGCUGGUUCUUGCUGUGGAUUAUGUACAUUCGCAGGGGAUUGUCCACGGGGACCUUCAUCUGGGAAACAUUCUUCUCAAAGUCCCGCCUAGCUUUGAUCAGCUGUCACCCGAACAAUUAUAUGAAGAAUAUGGGGCACCGGAACUCGAGCCAGUUAUUCAUCUGGAUGGUAAUCCACUUCCUCCUGGCGUCCCAUCCUACGGCGUUGCGCCCAUAUGGCUAGGAGAAGCAAGUGAGAAAAUUACGCUUGCAGAAGCCAGAAUCUUGCUUUCUGACUUUGGCGAAGCUUUUUCGUACCCGAAAGAGCUGAAAUACACUUCUCGCACCCCACUCGUCAUCCGUCCUCCCGAGGCUUGGUUUGAAUCUGAAAGCCCUUUAUCUUUUCAAUCCGAUAUAUGGAGCCUCGCAUGUACUAUAUGGUCUAUCUUCGCUCAGCGGUCUUUGUUUGAAGGAUUCCUCGCUACCGAGGACGACAUGACCUGCGAGCAUGUCGAUGCCCUGGGUAUCUUGCCGCCCGAAUGGUGGAAGAGAUGGGAGGCGCGUCGACAUAAGUUCACUGAGGAUGGGAAGCCAAUCAAUCGGAACCCCUACCGAUCCUGGGAGGAUCGGUUUGAGGACAGCGUACAGCAACCCAGACGAGAUAGCGGGAUGCCACCUUUUGACGCAGACGAGAGGGAUGCUAUUUUUGACAUGCUACGGCCGAUGCUCUCAUUCAGACCAGAAAAUCGUCCUACGACUAAGCAAGUUCUCAAGUCAGAGUGGAUGACCUCGUAUGAGUUAGGACGCCCGAGCUGGCUCUAUGCAGAAAUAUACUGUACUUUGGUCGUACACCUGCCACCUUAUAUUCUCCUAGCCCCGCCCCGGAGCCUAGCCUGCAGUCUGAUCAACUGGGAUUUCUCCCAUUUAGUCUGUGGGAAGAGUGUCGACUACGAUGAACAACCACCUAAAUACAUCUGCUACACAGGACUUCAGAACUGA